AUGGGAGGCACAAAAUUUGUUUUCCUGAUUUUAUUUAUUGGACAUCUAUCUGCGUUACCAGACACUAUUAGAAUAGGUGGCUUAUUUCACCCAGAGGACGAUAAGCAAGAAGUAGCAUUCCGUUACGCAGUGGAGCGAGUAAAUGCGGACAGAGCCGUUUUACCAAGAGCUAAGUUAUUAGCUCAAAUAGAAACUAUAUCGCCCCAGGAUAGCUUCCACGCGUCUAAACGAGUAUGCCACCUUCUACGAAGUGGAGUGGCAGCAAUCUUCGGGCCACAGUCAGCCCCUGCCGCAGCUCACGUACAAUCUAUUUGUGAUACGAUGGAGCUGCCCCACUUAGAGACUAGAUGGGACUAUCGCACGCGUCGAGAAUCGUGCCUUGUCAACCUAUAUCCACAUCCAGCCGCUCUCAGCAGAGCUUAUGUUGACCUCGUUAGAGCAUGGGGAUGGAAAUCAUUUACAAUUGUGUACGAAAACAGUGAUGGGCUUGUAAGGCUUCAAGAACUUCUCAAAGCUCAUGGACCAUCAGAGUUGCCCGUAGCAGUAAGACAAUUGCCGGAUUCUCAUGACUAUAGGCCACUACUGAAACAAAUUAAAAACUCUGCAGAAUCACACAUUGUUCUCGAUUGCACAACAGAGAGAAUAAGGGAUGUCCUCCAACAAGCUCAACAGAUUGGCAUGAUGUCAGAUUAUCACAGUUACUUAAUAACAUCUCUGGACCUUCAUAGCGUGGACUUGGAGGAAUUUAAAUAUGGAGGUACAAAUAUAACUGCUUUAAGAUUACUCGAUCCCGAGAGAUCUGAUGUACAACGAGUGGUACGAGACUGGGUAUACGACGAGGCUAGGAAGGGUCGUAAACUACAAUUAGGUCACACCUCUGCUAAGACGGAAACAGCUCUGAUGUAUGAUGCUGUACAUUUAUUCGCAAAAGCUUUACAUGAUCUUGAUACUUCCCAACAAAUUGACGUGAAACCUUUAUCUUGCGAUGCUGAAGAUACCUGGCCACAUGGGUACAGUCUUAUUAAUUAUAUGAAGAUCGUGGAAAUGAAAGGCCUAACUGGUGUUAUAAAGUUUGAUCACCAAGGAUUUAGAAGCGAUUUCACACUUGACAUAAUUGAAUUAACAAGGGAUGGCUUACAAAAGGCAGGAUCGUGGAAUUCCUCAGAGGGUGUCAAUUACACGAGAUCUUUCGGCGACAACCAGAAGCAGAUAGUAGAAAUCCUACAAAAUAAAACGCUUAUUGUGACAACAAUUUUGAGUGCGCCAUAUUGCAUGAGAAAAGAGGCUAGUGAAAAACUAAUAGGCAAUGCGCAGUUCGAAGGUUACGCCAUUGAUCUGAUUCAUGAAAUAUCAAAAAUACUAGGCUUCAAUUACACGUUCAAAUUAGCUCCUGAUGGUCGAUACGGAUCGUUUAACAGGGAAACCAAAGAGUGGGAUGGAAUGAUAAGGGAAUUAUUAGAACAAAGAGCCGAUGUCGCAAUAGCUGAUCUAACUAUAACAUAUGACCGGGAACAAGUGGUCGAUUUCACGAUGCCGUUCAUGAAUCUUGGAAUUUCGGUUUUAUAUCGGAAGCCCAUAAAGCAACCGCCAAACUUAUUUUCGUUUCUGUCGCCGCUUUCUCUUGACGUUUGGAUUUAUAUGGCUACCGCCUAUUUGGGAGUCUCAGUACUUCUAUUUAUUCUCGCCAGGUUCAGCCCCUACGAGUGGGACAGCCCCAGGAACUGUAUUGACGAGCCACCAGUACUGGAGAAUCAAUUCACACUGUUGAACUCGCUAUGGUUCACUAUUGGAUCCUUGAUGCAGCAAGGUUCGGAUAUCGCACCGAAAGCUGUCUCCACGCGAAUGGUGGCAGGAAUGUGGUGGUUCUUCACUUUGAUUAUGAUAUCCUCUUACACUGCAAACCUGGCGGCGUUUCUUACUGUAGAACGAAUGGACUCACCUAUUGAAAGCGCUGAGGAUCUCGCUAAACAGACUAAAAUAAAAUAUGGAGCACUGAAAGGCGGUUCUACAGCUGCUUUCUUUAGAGAUUCCAACUUUUCAACAUACCAAAGAAUGUGGUCAUUUAUGGAAUCGGCCAGACCCUCAGUAUUUACAAGUAGCAAUAAGGAAGGAGAGGAGAGGGUGAUGAGAGGCAAAGGCGCUUAUGCGUACUUAAUGGAGUCAACAACUAUCGAAUAUGUCGUUGAAAGAAACUGUGACCUUACUCAAGUUGGUGGAAUGUUAGAUUCGAAGGGGUACGGAAUCGCAAUGCCGCCCAAUUCUCCUUAUCGAACUGCUAUUAGCGGUGCUGUAUUAAAAUUACAAGAAGAAGGAAAAUUGCAUAUUUUAAAAACAAAAUGGUGGAAGGAAAAACGGGGCGGAGGCUCGUGCAGGGAUGAAACCUCAAAAUCGUCAUCAACGGCAAACGAACUGGGUCUCGCUAACGUAGGCGGCGUGUUUGUUGUGCUUAUGGGUGGUAUGGGAGUAGCCUGCGUCAUAGCUGUCUGCGAAUUCGUUUGGAAAUCAAGGAAGGUGGCUGUGGAUGAACGGGCUUCACUUUGUUCGGAAAUGGCUUCGGAGCUGCGAUCCGCGCUUAAAUGUCCGAGCAGCGCGGGAGGCGGCGGCGGUGUCGCGGGAAAUAGAGAUGGGGCUGGUUCUCCAUACCUGCACUACGGUUUUAGCACAAAGAGUCAACUACACUAG